CAGAAACCAAAUCACCAGAAGAGCCUAGAGCAGAUUCAUGCGCGGGGUCAGAUACACUUUGACACAACACGAACACACACAAAAAUACAAACAGGUUAAUUCAGCAAAAUAUGUAUCUGGAGUGAAAGUUCUCUAACAUCGAGCACAACCUCACAGGAUGCGAGGUGUUCGGAACCGGGCUCCAUGUUGACGUGGACCUACUUCUCCCGUUGGCGCUGACAGGCGGUGCUUCGGUCGCUAAAACAUGGCCUCCAUGAUGGAGCCUCCGCUGCAACUUUAAUUUUCGCCAAAUUCACGGCAAAAAGCGUGUUUUUUCUUCUUGGGCCAGGAAGUGUGAUUCCAGCACACUCAAGAGGCAAAUGUUUGCUUUUGGAGAAGUUCGCCGUUGGAUGUAAACGGAUCGGUUUGCUUUGGCAGGAAAGCUGGAGAGGAAAAGGAGAAUUGCAUCAAAUCAAAUGCCCUCAGAGGCCCCGGAGCCUCGGGACAGAGGACCGCCGCCUCCUGUCACCCGGGCCGGACGCAGUGCUCAGCUGGCUAAAGCAGCAGCAGAAGCAGCAGCCGCUGCCAGCGAGCGACGACCUCGCGGGCGACCUCGGAAAGAUGGGAUAGGUGGACGUGCCGCACCUCCGGCACCUCCUCCUGCUCCGCCGCCACCUCCUCCUCCGCCGCCUAAAUCGAGGAAGAAGGGGAGGAAUCGAGGCCAAGCCCAGGUGGAGGAUGAAGAAAGCAUGGAGACGACGGAAAAGAGGCCCUCUCCUGACAAGAAGAUAGAGGACAAGGAAGUGGCGCCUGGACGCCGCCGCUCCGCCUCAAAGAGAAGAUCCAUCACAAACCCCGACUCGGACCCCGCACCCAUCCACCCCGAGCCCCCCGCAGUCCCAAGUGACGAGGAGGACCAGAGCCCCCCUGCACCCUUGGAAACGCCCCCAAUAUCUAGCGUGGAGGAAGAAUCUCAACGCAGUCCGGCUCCCCAGCCCCCAUCGCUGGACAUCUCUGUUCACAGUCCAAAACCGGGUCCCGAUGCUGUGGAAGAGAAGCAGCCUUGCCUCGCUUCCAUGGAGGGGGAUCACGCUCCUGUUCCCAUAAAGCCUGAGGGGGGCGGGCCUAGCUCACUUGGGCAAAGUCCCACCCUGAGUUUGGGUUCCAGCCCCGCCGCCUCGCCCUGCCUCCGUCUGGAGGACGAGGACUCGUUGUCUCCCUUGUUCCAGCGGUCCAUGUCGGACGACUCCGGGGGUUCCCCCACCCCGAGCUUGGGACACACCAAAAAGCGUCUGAAGCAGUGUGCCUUCUGUUACCACGGCAACCAGCCGCCUCUGGGCCAAGGCCCACUGGUGGUGUUCGGACCCACGCCCGGCUAUAUCCCGCUCCACAUCCUCAACCGCCGAGAAUCUUCGGACCGCGACAGCGAUUGUCAUGACCACUGCUACCGUAGCAACCAGGCUCCAACCCCGAGCAGCAGUCCAUCACAAUGUGAGGACGAGUCUUUCUUACAGUUGGUGGCGCAGCUCGGACCCAUCGGACUUCCACACGACGUCGACGUCCAAACACUGUUUGACCCCACAGGUCAGUGCUGUGCACACUUGCAGUGUGCGGCCUGGUCCGAGGGCGUGUGCCGUGGCGAGGGCCAAUCGCUGCUCUACGUGGACAAGGCCAUCGACUCAGGAAGCACACAGGCGUGCGCGUUCUGUCAUCAGCUUGGCGCGUCGCUUCGUUGCCGGGAAACAGGCUGUGGGCGGAGCUACCACUUCCCAUGUGCCGCUGCUGCCGGAGCUCAUCAGGACUGGGAGCAGAGACACACACUGUGCACGCGACACGCACAAGCAGCGUCUCCAUCAUGCUUGUCGUGUUCGCGCGGCGAUGAUGUCGGCAAUCUAUUGAUGUGCUGUUGCUGCGGCAACAAAUACCAUGGUGGAUGCCUAACCCCGCCUCUGACUCCAUCCUCCCUGAUCAGGGCUGGCUGGCAGUGUUUGUCAUGUCAAGUGUGUCAGUGCUGCAGGCUGCAAGAGGACACGUCUUUGUUACUUGUCUGUGGUCGUUGUGAUAAAGCUUACCAUACACACUGUCUGACGCCCCCACUGGAUCACACGCGUCCCAGUGGAUGGACCUGCCAGAAUUGCAGGGUGUGUCUUCGCUGUGGUGUAAGGUCGUCUGGUCAGUGGGCCAAUCACCCCUUCCUUUGCGAGUCAUGUGACCCAGCUCUGCCUUGUGCUCUCUGUGGCAACACCCCUGACUUGUACUCGCCACAGGAUUAUGUCACCUGUGUCUGCUGCUAUAGGUGUGUUCACAAAGAGUGUAUUGUCCAGGCAGAAGAGGACCGAACAAAGUCUGAUGGUUACAUUUGCUCCACCUGUCAGCCUGUGGGAGAGGAGCUAACGCUGCACACACCAAUCCCACACAGUCCCGCCUUAGACCUCCAGCUCAGUCCCACAAAGGCGCCGGACAUCUACGUGACUCCGCCGUCAGUUCAAAGUCCUGCUGAAGUUCUACCCAUUGUACAUGGUAGUACUGCCCAAAGCCCGGUCCGGAUUGUCUGUUUGGACCACGCCCCAACUGUAAACACGGAACCAUCACAUGAAAGUCUUAUCCAGUCACAACCUGAGAACACAGAGUUAAACCGAAGCCCCAAACUGUCACCCUCUGGCCCCACAGAGCUAAAACCAAGCUCUCCCUUUAACCAUGCAGAACUUCAGCAUAGUUCAGCACCAUCUCCUAACCCUGUAGAGCAAAGACUGAGUCCAGUACCAUCACCUUCUAAUCCUACAGAGCCACAACAAAUUCAAGUACCAUCUCCUAAACCCAUAGAGCAACAAAUAAGUCCAGUACCUUCCUCUAUCUCUGUAGAGCAAAGUCUGAGUACAGUACCAUCACCUUCUAAUCCUACAGAGCCACAAAUAAGUCAGGGACCAUUUCCUGCUAACCCCAUAAAGCAAUGUUCAAGUCCAGUACCAUGUCCUGCUAGCCCUACAGAGCAAAAACCAAGUCCACAACUAUCACAAUCUGAUCUAACAGACCUCCAGCAAAGUCCAGAACAAUCUUCCACUGAGUCCGCAGUGCUGAAACGAAGUCCACCAUCAUCUCCUACAAAUCUCACGGAGUUCCAUCAUAGUCCACAGCCAUCUUCUGUGAACCCCACAAAUCUCCACCAAAGUUCCUGCACGGAACUCCAGACACAUCUUUCAAAGUCUCCCCUUAACUCAACAGUACUCUGUGAAAGUACAGGGCAAUCUUUAUCUGAGCUCACAAACUUCCAACCUGUACUAUUGCCUGCUGAGAUGACAGAGCUUCAGGAAAGUCCUGUACAAUCUUCAUCGAAACACACCGAACUCCAGCAAAGUCCAGCGCCAUCUCCUUUUACAGUCACAGAGCUCCAGCAAAGUCCAGCACCAUCACCCUCUACAGUCGCAGAGCUCCAGAAAAGUCCAGCACAAUCUCGUAUUGUUGCAGAGCUCCAGCAAAGUCCAGCACCAUCAAAUUCUACAGUCGCAGAGCUCCAGAAAAGUCCAGCACCAUCUCCUUUGAGAGUCACAGAGCUCCAGAAAAAUCCAGCACAAUCUCCUUCAACAGUCGCAGAACUCCUGAAAAGUACAGCACCAUCUCCUUCUACAGUUGCAGAGCUCCAGCAAAGUCCACCACCAUCACCUUCUACUGUCGCAAAGCUCCAGAAAAAUCUAGCACUAUAUCCAUAUACAGUCGCAGAACUACAGCAAAGUCCAGCACCAUCUCCUUCGAUAGUUGCAGAGCUCCAGAAAAGUCCAGCACCAUCUCCUUCUACAGUCACAGAGCUCCAGCGCAGUCCAUCACCAUUUCCUUCUACAGUCACAGAACUGCAGAAAAGUCCAGCACCAUCUCCUUCCAUAUUUACAGAGCUCCAGAAAAGUCCACCACCAUCUCCUUCUACAGUUGCAGAGCUCCAGAAAAAUCCAGCACCAUCUCCAUAUGAAGUCGCAGAACUACAACAAAGUCCAGCACCAUCUCCUUCCAUAGUUGCAGAGCUCCAGAAAAGUCCAGCACCAUCUCCUUCUACAGUUGCAGAGCUCCAGAAAAAUCCAGCACCAUCUCCUUCCAUAGUUGCAGAGCUCCAGAAAAGUCCAGCACCAUCUCCUUCUACAGUUGCAGAGCUCCAGAAAAAUCCAGCACCAUCUCCAUAUGAAGUCGUAGAACCACAACAAAGUCCAGCACCAUCUCCUUCCAUAGUUGCAGAGCUCCAGAAAAGUCCAGCACCAUCUCCUUCUACAGUCGCAGAGCUCCAGCAAAGUCCACCACCAUCUCCUAUUACAGUCACAGAGCUCCAGAAAAGUCCAGCACCAUCUCCUUCCAUAGUGGCAGAGCUCCAGAAAAGUCCAGCACCAUCUCCUUCUACAGUUGCAGAGAUCCAGAAAAAUCCAGCACCAUCUCCAUAUAAAGUCGCAGAACUACAACAAAGUCCACCACCAUCUCCUUCCAUAGUUGCAGAGCUCCAGAAAAGUCCAGCACCAUCUCCUUCCAUAGUUGCAGAGCUCCAGAAAAGUCCAGCACCAUCUCCUUCUACAGUCGCAGAGCUCCAGAAAAGUCCAGCACCAAUAUAUUCUACAGUCUCAGAGCUCCAGAAAAGUCCAGCACCAAUAUAUUCUACAGUCUCAGAGCUCCAGCUAAGUACGACACCAUCUCCUGCUACAGUCGCAGACCAAAAGCAGUGUCCAGCACCAUCUCCUUCUACAGUCGCAGAGCUCCAGAAAAGUCCAGCACAGUCGUCUGUCGCAGAGAACAAAAAAAGUCUAGUACCAUCUACUGUUGCAGAAUUCCAACAAAGUCAAGUAGCAUCUCCGAAGAGCACAGAGUCUCAAGAAAAUCCAAUACCAUUUUCAUCAAAAAACACAGAGCUUCAGGAAAGUCCAAUACCAUAUUUACCGAACCCCACAGAGCAAAGACAAAGUCCAGUACCAUCUCCUUUUGAUGUUACAGAGUACCACCACAAUGCAGUCCAAUGUUCUUCUACAAUUGCAGAUUUACAACAAAGUCCAGUGCUGUCCCCUUACGAUGCCACAGAGCUUCACCAUAAUCCACUACAAUCUCCUUCUAACACCACAGAACAAGAACUCAGACCAGCACCAUCUCUGGAUGUCACAGAGCUCCAGCAUUGUCCACAGCUAUGUUCAUCGAAACUUUCUGAGCUUCAGCAAAGUCGAAUCACAUCUCCUAGUGUCAAAGCGGUCGAGGAAUGUCCAAUACCAUCUUUUUCUAACUCCACUGUGGUCCAGGAAUGUCUGGUACCAUCUUUAUCCAUCCCCACAGAGGUCCAGGAAAGUCCAGUACAGUUUUCAUCAAUCCCUUUAGAGGUCCAGGAAAGUCCGGUACCAUCUUCAUUGAACCCCACAGAGGUCCAGGAAAGUCCGGUACCAUCUUUAUCGAUCCUCACAGAGGACCAGAACAUUGUGGUACCAUCUCCAUCAAACCACACAGAGGUCCAAGAAAGCCCUCUCUUAUCUCCUAUUGUCACAGAGUGUCAGAGAACCACUCUAUCAUUUUGUAACGUGGUUGAGCUUCAGAAAAGUCCAGCACCAUCUCCUAGUGCCACAGCAGUCCAACAAAGUCCAGUACCCUCUCCUUCCACUGUUGCAGAGCUCCAACAAAGUCCAGUAUCAUUUCCUAGUGCCAUAGCAGUCCAACAAAGUCCAAUACCCUCCCCUUCCACUGUCGCAGAGCUCGAACAAAGUCCAGUACCUUCUCCAUCUACUGUCGCAGAGCUUCAGAAAAACCCUCUAUCGCUUUCUAAGGUCACAGAGCUCCAGCAAAGUUCAAUACUAUCUCCUGAAGAAGCCACAGAGCUUACACAGAAUUCCAGUUCAUUUGACCUGGGCCUCACAGAGGUUCAAAACAAUACCAGGGAACCCCAACAAAUCAAUGAUCCAUCUCCAGAACCCCAACAAAUCAAUGUUCCAGCUCCAGAACCCCAACAAAUCAAUGUUCCAGCUCCAGAACCCCAACAAAUCAAUGUUCCAGCUCCAGAACCCCAACAAAUCAAUGUUCCAACCCCAGAACCCCAACAAAUCAAUGUUCCAGCCCCAGAACCCCAACAAAUCAAUGUUCCAGCCCCAGAACCCCAACAAAUCAAUGUUCCAUCCCCAGAACCCCAACAAAUCAAUGUUCCACCCCCAGAACCCCAACACAUCAAUGUUCCAGCUCCAGAACCCCAACAAAUCAAUGUUCCAGCUCCAGAACCCCAACAAAUCCAUGUUCCAGCCCCAGAACCCCAACAAAUCAAUGUUCCAGCCCCAGAACCCCAACAAAUCAAUGUUCCAGCCCCAGAACCCCAACAAAUCAAUGUUCCAGCCCCAGAACCCCAACAAAUCAAUGUUCCAGCCCCAGAACCCCAACACAUCAAUGUUCCAGCCCCAGAACCCCAACACAUCAAUGUUCCAGCCCCAGAACCCCAACACAUCAAUGUUGCAUCUCCAGAAACCCAACAAAUCAAUGCUAAAUCUCUUUGCGGAGCAGAGCUCCAAAAAGGUGCACUGCAAUCUAUCCCACUCAUAUCCGAGACUGCAGGACUACAGGGGAGUCCUGUAGCAUUGUAUCCUAAUCCAAUACAAGUAAAAGAAAACUCACAAUGCAAUCAUGGUCCUUUAGAAUGUAAGGAAAAUCAUUCUAGGCCUUCAACACCCUCCCAUUUGUCUUCUGACCAUUUGACUUCCCCACAAGCUCAACUGAGUCCUCAAGAAAUGACUUCCAUGGAUUCAACAAGAGAACAGCUAAUGUCGAGAGUUCCUCAAAAGAGUCCACUGCAUGGUAGUCCGAUGUCGGAACUCAGUCCUAUCAGAUUGGAUGCUGACAAAUCAAAGCCUCAGACCAUUUCCCAAAACAGUAGAUCAUGUAGUCCUACUGACAUUAACAUUAAAGAGUCGCUGCUCCAAACCCAUCAAGGAUCAUACAUUCAUGUGCUGCAUAGUCCUAUAAGAACAUCACUUGAUGUUGAAAUAACACUGGAUGAGGAGAGCCUGGUACCAAGCCCUCCUUCUCAUUUGCCUGCGUGGGCUGCACAGAUCAGUUCAACACUGGACCAGGACUUUCCGCCAGUCUCUUUAAAAACUACCUUCCCAGGCAGGAGGAAAACUGCAUGUAGACCCAUUUCAGCACCAUGUAGCCCAUCAAGAACCCCCGUUAGCGCCACCAAGUGCAGUCUGUCACAGCCCGCUAGUCCAGUACAGAUCGCCUCUAUGCUCCGUAGUCGGCCUCUGCAGGUUAAUGUGCUUGCUUGUCAGUCUGCUACACCAACAGAAUGUUCCCAAAGCAGUCUCCACACCGGGGUUAGACCUCAAGCCAUUCCGCUGAGUCCAAACCUCAACGGUCAAACACUUGAAUCUGUUUUUUAUAGCCCGACCACGGUCAUGUGCACAACAACUCUAACAGUUCAACCUUCAAAUCAUCUUCCCUUUCAUGCUCCACCAUCGCCAGCACCAGAAAGCCUUGUUCACCAAAUGGAACACAGUAGCCUCGCUUGCAUGUCUUCUUGUGCUGAGAAAUCUGUUGAACAGAUGGCGAGCCCAACACAUAUCCAACCUGUCAAAGAUGGUGCUAGCCCUUCACAUGCCAGUGAAAUGCCUGCUAGUCCUGCCCGCUCACUUCUUCAGGCCUCCUCUGACUCAAUGCCAAAGGUAUCAGACAUUGCCGUUGGCCUGCCUUUACCAGCUAGCCCUGUGAUGGACAGCUCUUUUCAGCCAGCAGCCGCCCCCCCAGCACCAAUAAGCUCUUCAAGGGAACCAACUAGCACCUUAUUAAUACUUCCUAGUCAUGGAGACACUACAUCAUCUGAAAAUGAAGAUACAACAACACAAAUGAACCCGUUCUCUCUCGGAACUCGUCCUCAUCAUCAGAACUUGGUUAAUGUUAGUCCAGAGCCUCCUCAGCUCCCACAGUCAGUCCAGUCUAGUCCUUCACAGGUCCAAAUAUUCCACAGUCCCACGGAGACUACAUUAGUAGAUUCAAUAUCCCCUCCAGAUAGUCCUACACACUGUAGACCGAUUGUUUGUCCCGCUAACAUUUCUGUUUGCAAAGAUCUGAGCAACUCCGAAAGUAGUAUUUACUCGAGCAACCAAAGUUCCUCAGUAACUUGCAUGACCCCAUCUGUUUUUGGACAUAUUAGCUCAACACAGAGUGGUGAAACACUUCCUUGUAGCCCCGCAGAUUCUAUCUCAGGCCCUGCUCAAGCUCACCAGAGACUUGCUAUGUCAAGUUCAAGCCCCAAAAGGGACAAUGCAGAAAGUUCCCAAGUCCAGGUCUCGGUCAUUUGCAACUCAUUUCAGCUGGGUACCCGUUUAGGUUCAACUGCAGAUACUAAGCCUCUAAGCCCCUUGAGUCAAAGAAUAGUUGGCAAUCCCACUCAGGAACCCACUGACACACCUCAGGCUACAUGUACAAACAAAUCAGUUGAUAGUUCCAGUUUGUCGGCCUCCUCCCACAAGUUUCCUCAGACAUCACCCACAUGUGUUCCACAGGAUAGCACGGAACACUGUAGCCAACGUUCCCCAUUUCAAUUUGCUAUUAGAAAAAUCUCACUAAGUCCGGGUCUUACCACCCCUGAGAGUUCAGAGGCCGGAACAGGUGCAAGUUUUAUUAUCAGUGUUGAGUCAGGAAUCAGCUCAUCUCCAACGAGUCCUGGUUGCGCCAUUCUGGCUGAGAAAGAGUCGACAUCUCUUGUCGCCAUGACAAAUGACAAGGAGCAAGGGAGCUCGCAGGAGCAUAAGCGAGCAGUGCAGGACCAGGAAGAGGCCCAUCAGGAGCAUGUCCAGGAGCAAGAAGGCCUCAGCGGUUCCAAUCUUCACUUGUCAGGAGUUCAGCUCUCUCCUCGUCCCCCUGCUGCAGCCUCUUUGGAUCCCCGUUCUGUCCCGUCACCACAGUCUCCAAAAAAAGCAGGCUCCCCAGACACCUCCCUCACACUCAGCGUGACAGUUGAAGCUUCCCCCUCUCUAAAGGAUCACAGGGAAUCGGGACAAGAGGAUUCAUGUCCUAUGUCGUGGGCCCGGGAUGAUGACCAGUCCAAUCCCACUAAAACAGAGUCUUCAGAAUGGGUGGAGGAGCAGCCAAAAACACCAACAGUAACAGCUGCUGUCUCUGAUGAAGUUUCUCGGCAGGUGGACAUAGGGGAGAGCGAUGAUAGGGAGAACCAAGAGAGUGCUGACCCCAAAGACCAAUCCUAUGUGGAGGAGGAGCCACUGAGUCCUGUGCUGGAGCUGGAUCCCUCUUUAGAUGUGGAGGUGAUGAAGUUGAUGACCACGGAGUCUCCUCCCGCCUCCUUUCUACACCUGUCCUCCUUUAGUCCGCCUCCCAUCCCCACCCGGGGGAAAGGGCGGAGCCUCAGGCCUCCUUUAUGCUCCUCUUUCGCACCAUUAGACGACCUCUCCUUACGACUUCGGCAGUCUCCUUUUUCCACCGAGGCGUCACCUGAAACCUCCCCUGCCAGAGAGCCCAUCACACCGCCGCCACUUUCCCCACCUUCCCCUCCUCUCAGGUUCAGCCCUCCAUACAGGGAGUCUCCUCCCCUCUCCCAGAUUCCGCCCUCCACUGUGAUACCGCUCACUCCUAAAAUUGGUAUGGGAAAGCCAGCCAUCACCAAAAGAAAGUUCUCCCCUGGCAGGGCCAGGGUCAGGCAGGGUUCGUGGUGGAGUAAUGUCAGGGCAGUCAGCCCCCCCUCUUCCUCCCAGGACUCUACUGGGGAGGGUGGGAGGGACAGCCCUAAAUAUCGUCCACCGGACUCCCCGCUCUGGAGCAUGAGAGUGGGUCGUGGUUCGGGGUUUCCUGGUAGAAGGAGGGCCAGAGGAGGAGGUGUAGGAGGUGGAAGAGGAGGAAGAGGAAGGAGCAGAAUUAAGACACAGGACUUUUUGUCUGUGUCACCUGCAUAUGGUUUUGUGGAGUCGAUCCCGCCUAAGGAAGAGGAGGAGAACUCCAUGCACAACACGGUGGUGAUGUUCUCCACCUCUGACCUGUUCACCCUCAGACAGGACAUGUGUGUGGUGUGCGGCAGCUUCGGUCAAGGAGCGGAAGGUCGACUGUUGGCGUGUUCUCAGUGCGGACAGUGUUACCACCCCUACUGCGUCAAUGUGAAGAUUACGCGAGUCAUCCUGACCAAAGGGUGGCGCUGUCUGGAAUGUACCGUAUGUGAGGCAUGCGGCGAGGCCAGUGACCCUGGGCGUCUGUUGCUAUGCGACGACUGCGACAUCAGCUACCAUACGUACUGCCUGGACCCGCCCCUCCACAUGGUGCCUAAGGGAGCCUGGAAGUGCAAGUGGUGUGUGUGGUGCGUCCAGUGUGGCUCCGCUUCUCCCGGGCUGCACUGUGAUUGGCAGAGUAACUACAGCCGCUGCGCACCAUGUGCCAGUCUGACCUGCUGCCCCCUCUGUCAGAGGCUUUAUACACAGGACGACCUCAUUCUACAGUGUCAGCAGUGUGACAGGUGGGUGCAUGCCAGUUGUGAGGGUCUGACGUCCGAAGACGAGGUAGAGAUGGCAGCUGACGAGGGCUUCAACUGUUCGUUGUGUAGAACACACAGCCGCAUCUCAUUUGGGAGGUCGGACAGUUUGGACUCCUCCUACAUGUCUCAGAUCAUCUCUAGGAGCCGUGAAGCAGACAUAAAGACAUACACUCAGGAUGGAGUUUGUCUGACAGAGUCGGGCCUCUCUCACCUGCAGUCCCUGGUUGAACCUUUGACCUCAGCGCGCAGGUAUCGCAGGUGCAAACCCAAACUAAAGUUGAGGAUCAUCAACCAGAACAGCGUGUCCGUCCUGCAGACCCCACCUGACCCUCACACUAGCGAACAAGACCACCAUCACAGAGUGCACCUGGAUUGUGACCUCAAGUCGGACUCCAGUCCUGAGAGAGACCACGCCCCCUAUGAUGAUGUCAGCAAGGAGCUCCAUAUGGCAGGUGGCAGCACAAAGAGGAAGAGGAAGCCCUAUAGACCAGGUAUUGGAGGCUUCAUGGUGCGCCAACGAGGCGGGAAGGCGGGGUCAAGCGGAUUCAAACUGUGCAGGAACGAUUCAACUGACAUGUUGCAUGGAGACGAAGAUGUAGCUGACCAGACCCUUGACAAGGUGAAGAAGAGAUAUAGAAAGAAAAAGACCAAGCUGGAGGAGGCUUUUCCUUCCUAUCUACAGGACGCUUUCUUUGGUCGGGAUCUUCUGGAACGCAUUCGCCAGUUGGACCAGAGGAUGGUAUCAGAGGUAGCGAGAGCCAGUCAGUCAGCAGCAGUCGAUCUGAAAGGCCCCGCCCCCUCAGACAAGAUGGUGAUCCGAAAGCAAGAAAGACUGCCCAUGUCGGACGAUGCGCUCGUGGAUCUGUCUGACGUUCUCAACACUCAUCCUCAAAUUCUGGCCACCGGACACACAGGCCAGUUCCAGGUGGAGCGCUCCCCCUCUCCAUUUGCGGGCCUAGACAUCGGGUCCAUGGCGGAAGACCCCUUGCUGACCGGAAGUGGCGGACACAGUCAUAGAUCAUUGCAGGAAGAGCCUCUGGAUGCCAUCUUAAACCCUGAGCUUGACAAGAUGGUGACAGACGGUGCCCUCCUCAGCAAACUGUACAAUAUUCCAGAGCUUGAGGGCAAAGAUGUGGAAGACCUUUUCACUGCUGUGCUCAGCCCGGACAACAGCGAGAAACAUCACCACCACACUGCUGCAGGAAGCAAAACACACACAGCAGCCGUGUUUCCUCGUCUUCCUCUGAUGAAUGGCCUCACAGGACGAGCCCCUCACUUGGUCAACCCUCCCAUGAUGCCGAGCGGCACUCCUGGCACGGCGAGUCACCGAAUUUGUCCUCCAGAGGGACCCUUCCCCGGCUCUGCCCCUUGCCUGCCUCCAGCUAAUCAGGCUGGGGGAGAGGGCGAGCAGGACGCCUUGUCUACGGCACAGAGGAGCAUGUUGAAGUGGGAAAAGGAGGAGGCUCUGGGCGAGCAGGCUACUGUUGCCCCCGUGCUCUACUGCAACACCAACUUCCCCCAGCUUAAGGAGCAGUAUCCUGAGUGGUCCACAAGAGUGAAGCAGAUCGCCAAACUGUGGAGAAAAGCGAGCUCUCAGGACAGAGCACCUUUUGUACAACGUGCAAGGGACAACCGUGCAGCGCAGCGCAUCAGCAAAGUCCACAUGUCCAAUGAGCCACUCAAAAGGCAGCAGCAACAGCCCUUACAACCGCCGUUGUCUGUGCCCUAUGAUGCAAUGUCCAUGGAGUCGGAUUUGGCGCUAAAGGACCCGCUAAGGCCUAGAGAGUCUGAGCAGGAGCAGGAGUGGAAGCUAAGACAGGGAGAGGUAAAAGACAGAUGGCGAGCCGGUAAGAAGAGGCAGGAAAAUCUCCCCCAAAGCAAAGCCCUAAAAUCACCAACAGAUAAAGAUUGUCCCUUCCAGGCAUCUCUAGCAGGAGGUGGCAAAGAGGCUCUGCAUUUGCGUCAGAAGAGCAAACAGCUGGCCAAGAUUGAAGCCAGUCAGAAGCUGGAGCAAGUGAAGAACGAGCAGCUGCUGCAGCAGCGACAGCAUCACCUCUCAGCCAAUCAGCAGCCUGUCACCGGGAGCGAUGUGAUGCCUCUCCAGCUACUUCCCUCCACGGAUGCCCAGCCCAGACAGAACAUCCUACAGGGCUCCGUACUGGCCGACAAUGUUUUUCUCAGACCACAAGUCCCACCCUCUUCUGGCUACUCCUCACUUCCUCACUCCCCGCACUCCUUGUCACCCCUUCACCAGCCCCCAUCCUCUCCCCAGAUGUUCUCCCCGCCUUCAUCCAGCCCCACGUCCCCCUGGGAUCCCUACAGUAAACCAGCAGCGACUUCUCGGCCUUCCUCCAUUCAGCAUUGCACCCCACUCAACAUAUCUCCUGCACACGAUGCACUGGGUUCCCCUGCACCCUCACCUGAUUCGAAAACCUCUGAUGCUUCUCGGACCCUCGGACUCCAACCAGGCCUGCAGCACAGCAAAGCGGCAUUGAAGAGUCCCCCUUCUGGCUCUCAGGUGUACCAGAGGUCUCCGGUCCAAGGGGGAGUGUUUAAAGCCCCCAUGCCACCUCAAAACCAGCUGCAACAGGAGUUGUUUAGUGGUGCACCAGCUGGAGCAAGGAGAGACCCAUCCAGACCCACAGACCUUGGCCUCAUCCCCCCUCAGAGUCAGGACUCCGCUUUUAGUUCCAGCCAGCUCUCUGGGCUGGGCUCCCCUCAUCGCAGCCCUUACGCCCACACGCCAGGGACCCCCAGAAUUGACUAUAGCCAGCAGAUGGCAGACCACUUUGUCAAACAGCCAGCUUUGACACCCCGUCCCUCUCCUGACCCCUACAGUAAUCCUCAAACCCCUGGGACUCCCCGGCCACAUUCAGACAACAUAUACCUCAACGCAACUCCUGCACUUCGAAUAGAUCAGUUCAACCAGUUGGCAAAUAGCCGCCGGCCCUCCCCUUCACACACAACAUUGGACCCAUACUCAAACCCAGGCACACCCCAUUCCUUUGUUCCUGAGCGCUUCCCUCGAUCACCAGGCAGCACGUUAACCACCGAUCCCCAUGCUAAACCGCCUGGUACCCCGCGUCCACCACCGGACCCCUACGCCCAGCAACCCUCCACACCUCGCCCCCAGAAGACCUCUGAAGCCUUCAGCCAAGCUCAAGUGGAGAGCUUUACUCCUCAGCUUGUGAGAUCUCCCCUGGGUUCAGGACUUGGUGGAGAGACUGUGACUCUCACACCAACCCACAAACAGUCUCCGGGGAGGCAACAACAACAGCAGGACUCCUAUCCCAGGACCCCUGGUAGUAGCCAGACCCCAAAGCACCCUGGGAUGUCAGAAGAUACUGGCUUCCCCGGCCCAGUCAGUCAAACUUUGGGAAGACCCACCACUGGGCCCGCACAGAUGGACAAAACAUCAGCCAAUGACAUGGCAACAAUAGGUGGGGCUUCUUUAGAGGGACCAAUGGGCUUGCUUCCACAGCUUGGUGACUCUGAGGAAAAACUAAGACAGCGUCAGAGACUCCGCCAGCUCAUCCUGAGGCAGCAGCAGCAGAAAAGUGCAUUGCGGCAAGAAAAAGGUCUCCAGGAGUCUCAGCCUGGUGCCCCUUCAGCUACUGCUGCUCCACCAGGUUCGGCCCCCAGCUCAGCAACACCCUGUCACUGGUCCCAGGAAGAAACCACCACCCCCAAUCCUCCAACUGAUGUGUUUGGACGUCCACCACCUCCUUACCCCGGUAUAAUGCGGCCUGCCGUACCAGCUGGAGCUUUUACUGGACCCCCACGGUUGCUUGGAACUUUUCCAGUGGACCAGGUCAAAGGGUUAAACCCAAGUGAGUCUCAAUUUCCCAGGCAAAGCAUCCCCAGGGAACUUGGACCCAGAGGAUUGGCCUUGAGGUUUGGUCUCCAGGAGUCCUUCCUGCGUUCUCCCACAGUAUUAGUGCCUGGUUCUGGGCUGGUACUCCCUGUCCAGAUAAGGACGCCAGUGCCCAGUGACUUUACCAGCAUCCGUCAGAUGACUGUCCCCAGCCCUCAUCCACAUUUGAUGUCCGCUGUCCACCAGCCCUUUGUUCCCCGCUCCCUCCCCAUCCAGCAGCACAGCAUCAUGGGGCAGCCUUACAUUGAGCUUCGACACCGUUCUCCAGAGAACCGUCUGAGGCUGCCCUUCUCCCUUGUUGCCCCACCCGUGCAGACCGUGGACUCUCAGCCAUCAGCUGCCAGGCCCAUCUCAGGGGUCCCAAUAGCAGAGACAACAGUGGGUCAUCAUCCAAUGCUGACGAUGGAGCAACUCAACCAGCAGAAUCUAAUCCACGUGGCAGCAUUGGGUCAGGAGAGUGAACCCGGGCUCCAGGGGACUGAUGGGAUAGAGGAGCACCUGGAAGGGGAGGACUCAGCUGUAAAAGAUCUGGAGGAUGUGGAGGUGAAAGAUCUAGUUGACCUCAAUCUGAACCUGGAUCCUGAAGAUGGCAAAGAAGACUUAGACCUGGGUGCCAACGACCUCCACUUAGAUGACUUCUUGCUGUCGGGAAAGUUUGACCUGAUCGCUUAUGCUGACCCCGAGCUCAACCUAGAGGACAAGAAGGACAUGUUCAAUGAGGAGCUUGACCUGGAGGAUCCUGUGGGAGACAAAAAGGGAGGAGAGAGGCAAAACUUAGUUGGUGGUCCGAGAAAGUUGGAUACCGAUGUCAACUUAUUAGGUCAGGUCAAAGAAGAAGUGCAGGAGGCCGUCAACAGAGAUACUAAAAACGAUUCUUCAUCCCGUCACCCCGCACCACAACCUGAGGCUGUCAGCCAACAACUCCCUGUAGCUUCUGAGGCUGAGACAGCAGGAUCCAGCCAGUCCAGCUCUUCUUUGCACCUUGCCAAGGGGGAUGUGGGUGAUUCUUCUGAUUCAGGAGUUUUGCCAGAACUCCAAGCCCAGGAAAAGGCUUUGUCGUCUGGCGUGACUCCAGGUCAGCAGCCUGGCUUCCAUCAAACACCCCUUGGACCCUCUUCGGCUUACCUCAACCCUCAAACUCAGGCUUCCCCGGACACCCCUCACAAAGUGUCGCUUCAACUCUCCCAGCCUUGCCUACUUCUCAACCCUCAGGCCGUGUCUCCAAACCUGGACGCAGCUGCUCAAUCCAUUGCCCAGGAACAGGCCCAGAACAAGUCUAAACCUUUACUACUGGAGGAGCAGCCACUUUUGCUGCAGGAUCUCUUGGACCAGGAGCGCCAGGAGCAGCAGCAACAGAAACAGAUGCAGGCACUGAUCAGACAGAAAUCCACCUCUGAACCCACAUUCCCAGAAAUAACCGACUUUGACUCCAUCUCAGACCCCAUAAUGAAGGCCAAGAUGGUGGCUCUUAAGGGCAUCAACAAGGUGAUGACUCAAGGGAACCUAGGCCUCAACAACAUGGUCAUCAACAGGUUUCACCAGGCUCCUGCGGCCACGACUUCUGAGGGAACCCCUCAACCUCUGCUUCAAGUUGGACAGGAAGGAGAGGUAAACCCUCCACUGGUGCGGCCGAACCCACCCAGCUGUGGACCUGGAUUUGUUAACGACUCUCAGAAACGUCAGUAUGAAGAGUGGUUGGGUGAGACCCAGCAACUCUUGCAGAUGCAGCAGCGUCUCCUGGAGGACCAAAUCGCAGCUCACCGCAAGACCAAAAAGGCUCUGUCGGCCAAGCAGAGGACGGCAAAGAAGGCGGGUCGUGCACUCGCAGAGGAAGACGCUGCUCAGCUGCGCUACAUCGUGGAGCAGCAGGGGACUGUCCAGAAACAGCUGGAGCAGAUCCGUAAGCAGCAGAAAGAUCACACAGUGCUCAUCGAGGACUACAGAACACAACAACAGCAGCAGCAGCAAAGACCCCUUCCUAUUGUGCCUUCUGGAGUAGUACCUCUGCAGAAUAGGCCCAGUGGCUCAGCUCUGCCCUGCGUCCAGAACGUUCCCCCUGGUUGGUCACCAGCAGUGGGCGUUGUUCCAGGGUUGAUGGGGCCGAAUAUGGCAUCUCAUGUGCCACCACAGUUGCCCCAUACCCUUUCAAAGCCCCCUCAGGCUUCACAGCCCUCUCCAGCCAUUGCGCCCAGACUUUCAGCUCCAGCAGCAGGCUUUUCCCCAGGCCCCCGGACACCCACUGGGGGUCCCAGUGGUGCCUCAGGGGGUGACAUAGCAGCACCCUCCCCCCAGGUCAAAUUUGAUGACAACAACCCAUUCAGUGAAGGUUUCCAGGAGAGGGAAAGGAGAGAAAGAAUAAGAGAGCAGCAGGAGCGGCAGAGGGUGCACCUUAUGCAGGGGGUGGAUUGCCAUAGGGUCUUGCAGCAAGGUUCUCAAGGUGGAUCUGUGGGACCUGGAGUGGCUCGGCUCUGUUCCACAGGGUCAGUGGCUGGCAGCACUCCUGGCUCCACCCCUAGUGGGGACACUUUCUCCAAGAUGCCUUUCUUCAGUUCUGAACUGCCCCAGGACUUCCUCCAGUCUCCGCCUGCCUCCAGACCGCCACAACUCCUCGUGUCGUCGCCCAACCUCCAGACCACCCCGAGACUCCCAGGCCCUUUGGGCUCCGCAGGUCCUGGUCAGGUCCGUCCACCUGGCCUUGGAGGGGUCGUUAUAGCUCCUUCCAAUCAAGGAAGUCAAGGUCAUCAAUUUCGACAAGAGUCCUCAACCUCAUCACCAUCUGCCCCUCUACAUGCCGUCUUCACCCCUUCCUCAUCCGGAGGCCCCGCCUCCCUCAUGCAGCUGUACUCUGACAUCAUGACAGACGACAGCCUGAAGAAGAAGAGGAGUGGGAACAAGGACAGAGACAAUUCUGCUGGGGGAGCCAGGACACCGCUGUCCUCACACUCUGAUGACAUCACAGCCCCGUCUACUCCAGCCUUUUCAGACGCUUCGUGCUCUACGCCCACACGGUGCAGCACUGAGCUGGCUGAGAUGAACACCCCUCCCCUCUCUGGUCUGGCUCCAUCCUCAGAACUGGAGAAGCAGCUGUCUGUGUGCCCUGCAGCCCAGGACAGAACCCAUCUAAUGGACAUGGAGGCUCAUAGAGGCCUCCUGUGUGGCCGCAUGGGGGUCAAGGAGGAGCGAGAGGAGCGAGGACCCUGUGGAGGAGACCCAGUAAAGUUGGAGUGCGCCUCCCCUCUUCAUGUAGGAGGAGACGUAGGGAAGGAGCUGCUUAGACACUUGCUGAAGGAAAAGGCUUCUCCGGCAAAGACUCCAUCGCCUACCACCCAUGCCCUGCCUCCUGUCCACCACCAACUCUCCACUGACAGUGUGCGCUCUGAGGAGGAGGACGGUGCUGGUUUCCUUGGCAACAUGAUGGUGGACAGUCCUGAUGUCUUGGACUUGUUAGGCAAGAAAAAGGCUCAGCGAUGUAAGAGAGCUGCUCGGCCCGACAAAGACAAAGCUCUGGCCAAAUACAAGCGGAGGAAACAAGAAGACGAGGACGAAAUGCUUCACUCCUCUUCCACCCCCUCUGAGCAGAUCAUAACACACCUCAGACAGCUCUCUGUGCUACCUCUCAUGGAGCCCGUUCUGGGGUUCGACCUGAGUCUGUUCCCCCCUUAUGGCAGCACCUCUCUAGGGAGGGACUCCAGACUCACUGGCUCCUUUGGCAACGCCUGCCUGGACGGAGUCACUGACUACUACUCACAGCUCACAUGCAAGAACAACCUCGGUAACCCACCCACACCGCCUGCCUCGCUGCCGCCGACCCCCCCACCGGUGGUAAAGCAGAAGCUAGUGAACGGCUUUGCUACAGCAGAGGAACUGAGCAGGAAGGAGCUCACCGAGCAAGAUAGUGAGUGCUGUGAUGAUCGAACGUUAUCCUCUGGGCUUCAGCUCAGUCUUACAUCAUGUCCGCCAGUGAAAGGUAUCAAAUCCAAGGUUCAAGAGCUUCCGGCUGAAAAUCACACCGCCAAGACGGUGGACGUGCCCGCCUCCCUGCCGACUCCACCCCACAACAACCAAGAAGAGCUCCGGGCCCAAGAAUCGUCGCUACGCAGCAGCCCGGAAGACUUUGUCCCGUCCUCGUCUCCUGACAGUGUGGCAGACAUGGAGAUCAGCAGAUACCCCGACCUGUCCUUCAUCAAACUGGAGCUACCGUCCCCUUGCCCAUCUCCACCGAUACCCAUCAUGCCCUGCUCUUGGGGCAAAGGCACUGCGGUAAAGCAGGAAGUGAAGGCGGAGCCAAGCCAACAGGCUCCUCCCUCCUGUUCCAACACAGAUCUGGUUACCAUAGCGAUCACCCUAAACCCAUCCGCUGCUCAGAAUGUUCCUGGUGUCAUGGCGACAGUGGCGAAGCUGCUGCGGGUCCCCACUUCAAUCAACUACCAGCUGAGCCGCGCUGAGUGCAACCCGCUGGCUCUGCUGGCGGGAGUCAGAGUGCCACUUCCUCAGGCUUCAGCAAGCAGCAGGCAGCAGAGACCUGCGCCUCCAGCUGGUGUGAGGAUGGACGUCAUCCAGCAUGGUGCUACACCUGCUGUCUCCAGACCGCCGUCCUGCAGCCACUGCAAAGUACUGCUGGGAAGUGGAGUUCGCAAAAUCAAAGCAGUCAAACAGGAAGGUCCGUCCACUCUGCUCUUCUGUAGCCCAAACUGCUCUGCGCUCUACUCAUCUGGACUGAAAACCGCAAGCUCUGCAGACAAGCCUAAGGACAAGACACCCCCUGAUACCCCCAGCAGACUGCAUCACCACUACGCCAACAACAUGUCGUCCAUUGCCGUCCACUCCCUCCCUCGGACUCCCAUCACUCCAUCCCAGACCGCCACCUCGUCCCCACCUCUCCAGUUCCCCUCCGCCUCCACUGUCACCAUGGAGAUCAAGCCCCGUGUGGACAGCCUGAAGGUCAAGGUGAAACUGAAGCCCCACCCCCACGCCUUCUCUGAGGGGGACGACUUGCUGCUGAGUCACCACGGGAAGAGGAUGAAAAAUUCUCGCUGGCGACGCUGGAACAUCAACGUCACUCUGACCAGGGGUCCCAUUUCGGACGAAGCGGUCGCCAUGCCAACGGAGGAGGAAAUCGAUGUGAUGUUAAAGAAACUGGGGGCAUCCCUGCGACCCGACCCUAUACCUGUAGACCAGCGAAGGUGUUGCUUUUGUCACCAGCUGGGCGAUGGUGUAACAGACGGGCCAGCCAGACUGCUGAACCUGGACUUGGAUCUGUGGGUCCAUUUGAACUGUGCUCUGUGGUCCAGUGAGGUGUACGAGACUCAGGCCGGCGCACUCAUCAACGUGGAGCUAGCCCUAAGACGCAGUCUGGCGCUCCGCUGCGCGCACUGCCAGCAGACAGGUGCCACCAGCGGCUGCAACCGUUUGCGCUGCACCAACACAUAUCACUUCACGUGUGCGCUGCGGUCCCAUUGCACCUUCUUCAAGGACAAGACCAUGCUGUGUCACUUCCACAAGCCUAGGAUGGCUCCUCUGAGCGGGGACAGAUCCUCCAGCAGCUCCCCAUCCUCCACCCCGGGCAUGACCUCCGACUUUUUUUCGUCUGUGUGCGAUCCGUACAACUCGGAGCUACGGUGUUUCGCCGUGUUCCGUCGCGUGUUCGUGCAGAGGGACGAGGCAAGGCAGGUAGCGGCGAUGGUGCAGCGCGGCGAGCAGCGGCACACGUUUCGCGUGGGCAGCCUGCUCUUCUGCGCCGUCGGGAGGCUCCUCCCUCAGCAAAUGAGCGCUUUCCACAGCGCAGUCGCCAUCUUUCCAGUCGGCUACCACGCUAACCGCAUCUACUGGAGCAUGCGCAACAGCAACCGACGCUGCAAGUACAUGUGCUUCAUCGAGGACCACGACGGACGACCCCUUUUCAAGGUUAAGGUGGUGGAGAAAGGCUACGAUGACAUCAUCCUGACCGCGACAACUCCUAAAGGUGUUUGGGACCAGAUUCUGGAACCAGUGUCACAGCUCAGGUCCUCCAGUGGCACUCUGAAGCUCUUCCCGUCUUACCUGAAAGGAGAAGAUCUUUUUGGGCUGAACACGUCGGCCAUCAGCAGGAUCGUUGAGUCUUUACCAGGUGUGGAGGCGUGCGAGAGGUACACCUUCCGUUACGGACGGAACCCGCUCAUGGAGUGGCCUCUAGCUUUCAACCCUUCUGGCUCAGCCCGGUCCGAGCCCAAAGUCAGCCAAGCAAAAAGGCCGUACCUGUUGACCAGCAUGGCUCCCAGGUGUCAGGGCUCAGUGGGCUCCAUCGUGGGAAUGGUGCCGGGUGUCAUCGCUCUGUCGCCGGGUGAGACGGUGGCCGGGGCUCAUCAGGGUCGCCACUCCAAGUCGUCGCAGUACCGACGCAUGAAGGCAGAGUGGAAGACCAACGUCUACCUGGCGCGCUCUCGCAUCCAGGGUCUUGGUCUGUACGCCGCCAGAGAUAUCGAGAAAUGCACCAUGGUCAUCGAGUACAUCGGCGCUAUCAUCAGGAGUGAAGUGGCCAACCGAAAGGAGCGAGUCUACGAGAGUCAGAAUCGAGGCGUGUACAUGUUCCGCAUUGACAAUGACUACGUGAUCGACGCCACCAUCACUGGAGGACCCGCCAGGUACAUCAACCACUCGUGUGCUCCCAACUGCAUCACGGAGGUGGUCAGCGUGGAGAAGGAGAACAAGAUCAUCAUCAGCUCGUGCCGACGCAUCCAGAGGGGAGAGGAGCUGAGCUACGACUACAAGUUUGACCUGGAGGACGACCAACACAAGAUCCCAUGCCACUGCGGGGCCUUCAACUGUCGCAAGUGGAUGAACUGAGCGCACACGCUCAUUAACGCAUUAACCUCAUAUCAAAGAUGCUCAUUAAAGGGGAGGGGUCAGGAGUGGGGUUACAAAAGAGGCUGGUCCUCUUUGUGUAGUGUGUAUAUUUGUACAAAGACGCCCCGACGUGGUCAUGACUUGCACUAAACAAAACAUCCAAUCAAGGCAGAUCAUUUCCCCUUACAUCUGUAAAAUAAAAUGUUUUUGUUGUAUUUAUUACUAAAUGAAGUUAUUUUCUAAUCACAGCCAGUCGUGGAGGAGAGUCGCGGUGUGUAAAUAACUAAAAAUGAGGAAUCUUCACAGUACUGACCGUGACGUUUUUGUUUGCCCCGCCCUCUCCACGUGUGUCUUUUUAUUUGUGUAUAUUCAAAUUGUAUCAGAACUCUGCUGAUGUACAGUCUGUGGCCACGCCCCCCUUCGUUUUUUUUUUUACUGUGUGAGGAUGCCUUUUUGUUUUUGAAAGGGGGGUAUGUGGAGUCUGAUUUAGAAUCAUUUACAGAAAAUAAAAUAUUUUACAUCUUGAAA